GGCCAGCCCAGGCUUGCCCAGCUCCAGUUCGGCCGCCACCAUGUCUCUGACCAAGGCUGAGAGGACCAUCAUCAUGUCCAUGUGGAGCAAGAUCGCCACACAGGCGGAUGGCAUCGGCACUGAGGCCCUGGAGAGGCUCUUUGCCAGCUACCCGCAGACCAAGACCUACUUCCCGCACUUCGACCUGCACCCGGGCUCCGCGCAGCUGCGCGCGCACGGCUCCAAGGUGGUGGCCGCCGUGGGCGACGCUGUCAAGAGCAUCGACAACAUCGCGGGCGCCCUGUCCAAGCUGAGCGAGCUGCACGCCUACAUCCUGCGCGUGGACCCGGUCAACUUCAAGCUUCUGUCCCACUGUCUGCUGGUCACGGUGGCCUCGCACUUCCCCGCGGACUUUACGGCUGACGCCCACGCCGCCUGGGACAAGUUUCUGUCCAUCGUGUCCAGCGUACUGACCGAGAAGUACCGCUGAGCUGCAGUCACUGGACCCCGGGGGCCAGGCUUCGACCUCCCCUCUACCCUUAAACACUCCCACAGUUCUUCCCGGUACUCCCCAAUAAAUGGAUGAA